AUGGUUUCGAAUGAACUUGGUCAAUCGUUUGCUCCAGCACGCAUUCUUGAUCUCCAAGAUGACCUUGGAAAGGAUAACUAUCCAACUACAACAUCUGGCAAAAUCCAGAAAACAGUGCUUCGAGAAUGGGUGACUGAGCAUCUCAAUCAGAUCAUCGUCAACAAUCCAAUCUCCUCCGACGACAUUACAACAGACUUAACGACAUCAUGGUCUGGCUUAGCUGGUCUGGCACCCAGAGAUAUCGAUCCGGACGUUUCUAUACGAACCUUCGCCGACAGUAUGAUGCAAAUCCAGUUUUGCCACCUGAUAAGCCAAAAGCUGCAAGUUGUGAUCACGCAGAUUGAUUUGAUCAAGUUCAACACGAUUCGAAAACAGGCAAAACUUCUCAACGAAAGAAAGCAUAUCAAGGACUCUCAUUGCCGUGAUACAGACCAUGCUCUUCCAGCGCAGAUCGAUAUGGAGCGGGCAAAAAAGGUGGCCUUUUCCAAGUUGUACGGGCUUGGAUUUAGAUGGGAUGACGUGGAAGAAGUCGUUCCGAUUGCAGACUGUGUGAAACGGACACACUAUGGACACCGGCCAAACUCGUGGAACACCCGGAUGUCAUGGAUUGCGAACUCAUCAAUCAGCGCCGCAGAUGUCGAGGCAGCCUUGCACACUUGGCUUCAACGUCACCCACUGCUGCGGUCCACGCCUCUUACAUACGAUGAGGAACUAGACCUAUAUUUGGUCAUGCAUCCCAGUGAGGAUUGGAUGAAACUACAAGUUAUGGACGGCGGGAUGGUUAAAGACAUAACCAGUGUCGAAACAUAUAAGCUGAAUGAUCCCGACUAUGACCACAUCGAUGGGAAGGGGCCAUUGUUCAGGGCUACUAUUCUAAGUGUGGAGAAUUCAUCAGUUGUCGGGUUGGUCAUGCACCUGCACCAUCUUAUGUUCGAUGCCCACAUCCUGUUUCGAUGGUUUGAAGACCUCAAAAAUAUUCUGAACCGCAAGGACCAGCUUCUCAAUUUUCACCCAUAUCGUGAUUAUAUCGCAGAUUACCAAAGGAACCGAACUGGGCCAGCAGCCCGCAGAGCGGUUGACUUUCAUGUUAACAGGAUUCGAGGAGUAUCGUCUGCUACUGAUGCGUUCUGGCCACGGCAGAUUGUACCACACUGGUUUAAGGGAGAUAAUCAGGGAUGGGUCCACAGUGACAACACCCCAGGCCAUCCCAGUGAGCGGCCCCUUCUAGAUGGAGAUAAAAGCAUUGGAACCAAAGGUAUAACCCGUGCUGUGCAUGUGCCCAAGAUCUCGGAAUUACAACACAAGUUCGCGAUAACACCCCCGAUAAUUGCGAAAUGCGCCUGCGCAUUGAUCAAUGUACGCAUGACCGGAGCUCAAGAGGCAAUCUUUGGCCUCGUUGAAUCGGGCAGAACCUGGCCAGCUGCGGAUGACAGUCACCCCGACAAUAAAGGUAUCGAUAUUUUAGAAGUCGAUGGGCCUACAAUCAACCAAUGUCUCAGUCGCACAAAGAUUACACCAGACGAAAGGGCAAUCCAGCUUCUAUCCAGGAUGAGCAAGGACCAAGAUGAUAUUGUUUCUAAUAUAUAUGCUCCUAUGGACGAAAUAUGCCGGAAGCUGGAUGAUUCAGACUCCAAAUCUUUCCUCGACAUCCUCUUCCGCCAAAGCCUCAACUGGAGGAUGGGGGGAUAUAAAGAAGACGCGUCCGAUCCAAUCAAGGUAAUCGAAAACGUUUCUCGAUCCGACUUUGGUCUUUUCUGGAUUCCGGGUAUGAUGGAGGGUGAUCUGCUACGGCUGACCGUGAAAUACGACGAUGCUCAGCUUAGGGCAACGGAUGUAUACAAUAUUAUGACGGGGUUCCUGUGCGCUGUGGCCUGGCUUUGUGAUCCUGGUAAUGUGGAUAAGCCUGUGUCGCAGUGCGAGUUCCAAGGUCAUGAUAUCGUGGACCUUGAUCGCGAAAGUCCGGCUCGCUAUCGGCAGUGA